AUGGAAGUGGAUGACGACCUUCAAGAAACGGUGAUUGGAAAUAAAGGCUAUCGGACAUCGUCCGACGACUCGGCCCGCGAUGGAACGCAAUCUCAACACCGGCGCCGGCGUUUGCUUCUCUCGACGGAUAGCGCUUUUGCCGACACAGUCCUUCCCUCUCUCGUGCAAAACCCUCUCAUCGAACUUCGACUGAUUACCGACGAACCUUCCGCCCUGCUCACAGGCACGAACAAGAUCCCUCAUUACAUGGACACGGUGGACAGCCAAACGUUCGAUAAGAAGACCGGGGCACGGAAAUGGCUCAAGGCCAAGACGGCGGAGUUGUGCGAAUGGGCUGAUAUGCUGUUGGUCGCACCCAUCGACGCAGGAGCCCUCGGGGCGAUGUUGGCGGGAUUGACGAAUACUUUAACACUGGCACUUCUUCGCGGAUGGGUCUCAAAAAAGCCGGUGAUCCUCAUCCCAGGCAUGACAGUGUCUGAGUGGGAUCAUCCGUUGAGCACACGGCAGCUCGGUGAAAUUGGUCGUUUUUGGCCUUGGAUUCGAAUCGUCAAACCCGUGCUAUGGAAGUCCAAUGGGCCCGAGGAGCUGACGAUCUUGCCAUGGGAUGGACUGAGCGAGCUGCACACGACACUGGAAACGACAUUGCAUAUACCGCCAUGGCAGACUUCUCGGGCGACUGGGGCUGGCCCUCAUACAUCUGCGACGCCAAAUCAAGCCACCUCAAGUGGUUUGUAUGCGGCCCCAUCAUCUGGUGGUGCUCAUCGCCCUAUUCAUUCAAAAUCCGACGGUAGUGCCGAUUUUUUACCCCUUGAGAUCUGGCUCAGUGUCUUCGAAGACCACCUCGGGGACUGGGAAACAGCCAAAGCGGUGGGAAUUCCGGUCAACCUUCCAGUGCCUCAAGAAUGGCAGAGCCAUCUCCCCAAAAUGUCUACACCCGCUACACUCGAAUACACUAUCCUCCGAGGGUCGUUUGCCGCGAUCAAAAAGCGCAUCGACGGCCUUCCGCGCUGGAAACCCCUAUCCGAUCUUGCUUGCCACCUCAUCGUCAAGUUCUCUCGAACGGACAUUCUCUCAUACCUCACCGAAAACCACCUUGAUCUCCUUUGGACAACCUCUCGACUCACAAGCAUUCCCUACCGGGCCUCUGCGAUUUACGGAAACCCCAACGUGCUCACGUGGUGGCGCGAUGCCCCCGCUCUCCCAAAUAAAGAAUACAAAGCAGACGCCAUGGACGGUGCUUCCCGAGCAGGCUUCACCCACGUGCUCGACUGGUGGCUCCACUCCGACCUUCCACUUCGAUACAGCGAGCGAGCUCUCGAAGCCGCCAGUGCAGAGGGUCGAGUAGAGGUUCUGGAAUGGUGGAAACGAGCCUGCGCCAAUGCCCCAUCUCAAAAUCCCAUGCCUCUCAAAGUAGGCAAGUCUGUUCUCCUAGCUGCUCAGAUGGGCCGCACCGCAUCGCUCGCUUGGUGGGAUGCCUCGGGGAUCCCAUACAGCCAUGCUGAAAAUGUGGCUCGCAUCGCGAGUACCCAUGGCCACGUGCAUGUUCUUGAAUUCUGGUACCGACUCAAGGGCCCCAAGAUGAUAUUCGAUAACCAGGUUUUGGUUGGCCCGACGAAGAAUGGUCACGAUCAUGUUCUGCAGUGGUGGAAAACCUGCGGAAUGCGCGUUGAGUUCAAGACCUGUGACAUAGAGGAGGCGCUCGAAGAUGCGGAUCCUUCUUCUGGUGCGGAGGGUCGUGUUCGGCGAUGGUGGGAACGCAAUGGGCUGAAUCUGGGAGUUGGCACGAGCGAGUGGAUGAGACCCAAAAUCCUGUAG